UUGUUGUUGGUUAAAUGCACAGCUUGAAAUUAGGUUGAUUUUGAACUUUUUCUUAUGCUUUGAUAUUUUCCCAGAAAAUGUAGGAAACAGGAAGAGAAAAUAAACCCAGAAAAUUGACUUUCCUAUUGUUUUAGAAAGGCUAAACCCUGCUGUUGGACGAUUCAUCCAGGAAUUUCUGUUCUGGUUUAGGAACCUUGUUAAGUUGUUCAAAAUUGUCUUUGAAGUGGUUAAUUUGCACCAUGAGGAGAGGUAGAGGAAAAGUAAUGAAGCAUGCUGUUGCUUCGUCUCAUGAAGAUCCCGGGAGCGGCGAUGAAGAAAGCAUUCCGGCGAGUAACGGAGGAGGGAGGCUGCAGAUGCAAUCGAACAACGAUGUCAAGGAUGACGGAGCGGAGAAGAUCGAAGCAGACGGUGAAGACGUAAGCGGUUCGGUUCCUAUCAAGGAGAUGAAAAAUCUGCCUGCCAAGGAGAACGCAAGGAAACGGAAUAGGCCUAUGCAGGCAAAAGAGAACGGGAUCGCAACGAAGUUAAGCACAGGUGAUUCGAUAAAACCUGUUGGAUAUCGACAAAACGGUAGCAGGCGUAAAAACAAACCUCGACGGGCUGCCGAAGCUGUUGUCGAGUGCAAGUGAUGAGGUUCCGGAUAACCAUCUCCGAGAAUUCUUCCUUCUGUUUUCAUACCAAAAGUAAUAAUUGCUUGCUCUUGUAUGAGUUUAGUUGUUUC